CAUUAACAUGGUGAGUUUAGUGAACUCUUAUAUUUCUCUCUCAUCUUCUCAGCAGCAGCAAACAGACAGUUUCUGCUCUCCUCCACUGUCAGAGAUGGAGAUGAAGUCACUUUGUCCUGUGAAAAUGUGAGAGAUGAUCAGAAUAACUGUGACGCAGUACAACAAAGCAGGACGAUAUCAAGGUCAAGACUCUCUGGUUCAUCUCUCUGUUGUUACCAUGACUGAAGAGAAGAACGAUGAUAUAGUGACGUUAAACUGCUCUGUGUCGACAUAUGAACGAUGUAAUCACACAGUGAAGUGGCUGUAUGAGGGUAAAGACGUGGCUAAAGAUCACCCAAACAUUGAGACAUUACAGAGUGGCUGCUACACCACUGUGAAAUGGCAGGAUCCUGUGGAUUCUGUGGAUCCUGGUUUAAUUUACAAACCAAGGUCUAACUUAUUGAAGUGUGAAGUGACAGAUGGUUACACUAAAGAAGUGCAGCUGUUUCCCUUCAUCCCUCCUCAUUCCUCAAGAGAGAAACCAGGUAAAGCAAUAACCGCAACUUCUGAGACAACAAGAACUUCUGAUAAAAGCCCAGAAUCAGUACCAACCACCACAGCAAUCAGUGAUCCUUCAACCAAACUACAAGCUGCUGAUGCAAAAACGAGCGACUACAAUAUCACCAACAUCAGAGACAAUGAGCACAUCAAAGAUGGAGGAGAGCUAAAGGUGAGAGAGCAGCAGUUGAACUCGGGUGUGCACCAAACGCGGACCAAACAAGCGUGCAGAGACCUGCUUGAUGAGGUGGUCUCAGGACGCUUUCAAUUGAACUCUGGAGAGGCUGAUCCUGAAGAUGGUGUUUCCUACGCCUCCAUCAGCUACACCAAAGAGACCAACAGGAGAGCCCAGGCUCGGGGUGGAGAUGAUGAUGAAGAUGAUGCAGUGACCUACAGCAACCGUGAAGCUCCCUCUUCCUCUGCUGCUGCCGAGGCCUCUGUUGAUCUCAUCAACAAACCCAACAAAUAA